CCCCUCCUCUGUCGCCAACUCGACGCUUCCCUCGAGGAGCGAGCGUGGCGCAGCUGCCCGAGAAACCAACCAAAACCCCGAGCCCAUUAACCACGCCUCCUCGCGAAUGCCACUGCUGCCCCAUUGCGGCUCCGCGGCUCAGCACCGGCCAUGACCCGCCUCCUCCGGGCCCUCGCCGCCUUCCUCCUCCUCGCGGCCGUCGCCGUCGCCGACGACGGGGCAACACUGCUGGAGAUCAAGAAAUCCUUCAGCAACGGAGGCAACGCGCUGCACGAUUGGUCCGGCGAGGGCGCAUCGCCGACCUACUGCUCGUGGCGCGGCGUGCUAUGCGACAACGUCACCUUCGCUGUUGCGGCGCUCAACCUUUCAGGGCUCAAUCUCGAGGGUGAAAUCUCACCGGCCAUCGGGAGCCUGAAACGUGUUAUCUCAAUAGAUUUGAAGUCUAAUGGACUUUCCGGGCAGAUCCCUGAUGAGAUUGGCGAUUGUUCGUUGCUUGAAACUUUGUAA